AUGGAGGAGUUUGGGUUGUUGGAGCAUAGUUGGUUUGUCAAGAUGUAUGAUCUUCGUCAUCUUUGGAUUCCUGCAUACUUUAGUGAUGUUAGUAUGAAUGGUUUAAUUACGACUACUUCCCGGUCGGAGAGUGAGAAUAGUUUGUUUGGUUCUUUUACUACUCCCCAGUCCAACCUGGUUGAAUUUUUUAUGCAUUUUGAUCGUGCGAUUGAUAGUCAACGUUAUUCUAUUAAUAAACUCAACAGUGACUCGGAGGCAUGCUUUCCAGAUUUGAAUACACCACUGUCUAUGGAGAAACAUGCUGCAUAUGUGUAUACUCUUACAGUUUUUUAUUUGGUGCAUGCUGAGAUUUGUGCAACAUGUUUUAGCUGUCGAGUUCUAAAUGUUCGGGAUGACCAAGGGGUCUUGUAUUAUGAUAUUAAAGACGAAAAUGACCGAGUGUUUAGGGUGGUGCAUAAUGUUGCUGAAGUAAAAGCUUCAUGUGGAUGUAAACUGUUUGAAAGGGUAGGGUUGCUUUGUAGGCAUAUUUUUGUAGUUUUCAAAGAUUUGAACUUGGAUUCAAUUCCAUUGGUCUAUGUAGUUAACCGGUGGACCAAGAGUGCAUCAUUGGGUCAAACUUUUGAUAUUGAUGGUGUUGUUGUUGAUCAAUGUAGAGGUGUUGAUGAGAAGUUGGUGAUAUUGAAAAAUGUGUGGUUAGAUAUUCAAUGCUGUGUUAGUAUGGUUCAGUCUGAUAUUGAUCGUUUGAAAGUGUUUUCCCAGAUCAUUAAGGACCACAAGGAUAUGCUUUUGGCUGAUAAGGGUGGCUGUUCUUCUGCUGUUGAUAAGAGGUCACUCAUCGAGUCAAUAUGUGGUUCUUCAGUCUCUUCCGAAGUUUCCAUUCUUCCACCAAACAAAGCAAAGAACAAGGGUAGUGGUAGGCGCAUUAAAGGUUGCAAGGAGAUUGCCAUUGAACAAUGUAAGAAGUAG